CUCAACUUGAGACUUUUAGGUCUCCAAUCUGACCUUGCUUCCGACUUGCGGACAGAUAUGAAAGGUCACGAAUAGACAGGUCACCUCUCACAGUCCCUUCCCAACCCUUCAGACCCGUUCACCGCUUCGGCUCUGACCCCAUAGGUCUCGGAUCAGAGCAUAGGUACAGCACGGAGGCAUCACACCAUUGCGACUUUGCUCAAAAGCCUGGCCAGAAAUGCUGGAAUUCUCGUAAUGCAAGCAUUGCAACAUCAUGCACGUCUCUGACCGGAUUUCGCGGUCACUUUCUUGUCUACAGCUUUGCACAUACUGAUGCUUCUUGCUCCACACAUUUUUGCGCGGCAACCAGGCACAGUCGUUCGAAGCUCAUUCCAGUCAGCCGACAUGGAUUUUUCAUCGUCUUCCUCGGAGGCCGGCUCGUCAAGGCCUGUUCGCGAUGCCAGAUUCACCGGAGUAAAAAGUCCCGCAGAGGGCUCGGACCGUGGCAAAGUACCGGAAGGUUCUGCCCAGUUCGACAUAAUCGCAUGGUAUCCAAAACAUCAAAGCUGUCAACGAUACUUCAUAGACCACGCUCAGCAUGAACCUCUUGUUCAGGCUUUUGCCUCUUUCAUCAAUAUCUUGCUCCCUUUUCAACGACAGCCUCAUCCAGUAUACAGCACAACCGGAUCUCGAAGCGGCAAGGCAAGACUGGAUAAGGAAGCGGCACGUCCUAGCAGCUCUGAAGCGACAGCGGCGGCAUCAGCUGUCUCUCUCAUUCCAUACAUCCGGCGCCUGGUCGUCACCGGGAUGGACGUGCCUCAAGUAUUGCAUGGGUUCUUCGGCGACGACUGGAGGCCAGGCAUUGGGCCACAACGAGAACAGGAGAGGCGGAACUACCUUUUUGCGGCAAAGAGUGGAGGCUGGGCAUCUGUCAAGCGGGACUAUGAUAUGCUGCCCCUAGAAACAGUGCCCUUCAUGAGACCACUGUAUGACCCGACAGAUGGCGAAAUUGAAGCAGCCGAACGGACUUGGAGCGAAUGGCUUGCCCUUGAAGAUUGGAUGGUUGGCUCAAGGGCGCCAGAGUAGUUGUGAUGAAGGUGGGCAGAACUGGUAUCUAUCGCUGUCAGGCCAUGGAGCAUCUGUUCUCAAUUGUCCUGAUUAUUAUCCGAAAGAUUGAAGGUCAUAAUUGACUUGUGUUUCGAAUGAUCCUACUCCUAUGUAUGUACUCGGUACAAUCACAUUCGUU